GAGCGAGGGCGCGCCGGUGCGCGCGCAGGAGGGAAGCCCGCCCGGGCGGCUGUUGUCGGGUCCGGCCGGAGGGGCGGUGAAGUCACCUGCGAGCGAGCGGCUGCGCCCGUCGCGGCCGGAUCGCGCCGGCCUCGCGGGGCCCCACACACCCUGCGAGGCUGGGGCCGGGGACCAGGCGGGGUCCGCGGCCGGAGUCGGCGACGAGGAGGAGUCGCAGCCUCGGCGCCGCCGCCCGCGCCGGGCCGGGUUAUUAGCAAAAAAUGGUGGAUCGCUUGGCAAACAGUGAAGCAAAUACUAGACGGAUAAGUAUCGUGGAGAACUGUUUCGGAGCAGCUGGUCAGCCCUUAACCAUCCCUGGACGGGUGCUCAUUGGCGAGGGAGUAUUGACUAAGCUGUGCAGGAAGAAGCCUAAAGCCAGGCAGUUUUUCCUGUUUAAUGACAUUCUUGUGUACGGCAACAUUGUCAUCCAGAAGAAAAAAUACAACAAACAACACAUUAUCCCCUUGGAAAAUGUCACCAUUGAUUCCAUCAAAGAUGAAGGAGAAUUACGGAAUGGAUGGCUUAUUAAGACACCAACUAAAUCGUUUGCAGUUUACGCUGCCACUGCCACCGAGAAGUCCGAGUGGAUGAACCACAUAAACAAGUGUGUCACUGAUUUACUCUCCAAAAGCGGGAAGACACCCAGCAGUGAACAUGCUGCUGUCUGGGUUCCUGACUCUGAGGCCACGGUGUGUAUGCGCUGUCAGAAAGCAAAAUUCACACCCGUGAAUCGGCGGCACCAUUGCCGCAAAUGUGGCUUUGUUGUUUGUGGUCCCUGCUCUGAAAAGAGAUUUCUUCUCCCCAGCCAGUCUUCUAAGCCUGUGCGGAUAUGUGACUUCUGCUAUGACCUGCUCUCCACUGGGGACAUGGCUGCGUGCCAGCCGACUAGAUCAGACUCCUACAGUCAGUCGUUGAAAUCGCCUUUAAAUGACGUAUCUGAUGAUGACGACGAUGACGAUAGCAGUGACUAAGGACAUGUCUUGGAGUAUUUAAUUGGGUGCAACUACCUGAGAAUCAGCUUUGGGGGAAAUGUAAAAGUCCUAGCGCUCUCAAUUUUGCUCUAGCCAUGACUUUGCCUGAGAAAGUCUUGACCUUUGUGCCUCUGUAUCCUAUAGAAAGUAGCCCCUUCUCUGCUCCUCUCCGCACUCUCACAGGGACAAACGGUUGCACAAAUAUCUGAUACAGUCUUGGCUUCUGUUUUCCUUACUUCUAGAUUAUUUUCUUGUAAGCGGGAAAAGGUGUUUAUUUAACAGAUCUUGUACAACAUUUUUCCCACUGAUAAGGAAAAACUAAAAGCACAGAAUGAUGGGAACAAGAGUAUAAAGUGAUUAAUAAUAUUAGUGGCUUUUCCUCAAGCAUUCUAUGUAAUGGUUAAGACAUCAGUGGCAGAACGUGGUUUGGAAAUUCUUUACUUCUCUUUCCUGAAUGCCGAGUGGUGCCUUACUGUGGCGGCGUUGUCACGUGAAACACGAGCCCUACCUUCUUUCUUUGAUGUAAAACACACUGGUGCUCUUACAGGUGUGAUAAGUGAAUGUUUGAUGGAUAUAGUUAAGAAUAUUUAUUUGACAGCUACAGGAGCUAAAUCUUCACUCUUAUAUGAAUACAUAUUUUUCAUAAAAUAAUUGUGAUUAUAUUUUUACAUCUUCUAGGCACCAAAUUACAAUGGUCACAUAUAUAUGUUUGAAAUUAAUCAGUUGCCACUAUCAGCAAUUUGAUUUGAAAUAUAUCACAUAGAAGUGGCAUAUUCCACUAGCUUCUACUUUCCUAAGACAUUUUUACAUAUAAAUUUAUUUGCUUUACGUUAUCUCUAAAAGGAAGAACUUUAUGAAACCCUCAUUUUUUGAGAUAGGGGUUCUCUGUGCAGCCUUGGCUGUCCCGGAACUUGCUUUGUAGAACAGGCUGGUCUCAAACUCACAGGGGUCCACCUGCUUCUGCCUUCCAAAUGCUGGGCUUAAAGGCUUCCACCACCACCACCACCUGGCAAAAAUAAAGGUUUUUGUUUUUGUUUUAAAUUCCACAGUAGAACAUGGAGUCUACAGGAGAAGGAUCUAGAGAUUGAAGUUUGACUAGACUCCCUGUCUUCAAGCAUCGUCAGUUUUAUUGUGAAAUUGUCUUGAUUUACAUGUGGUGUUCAGUAUUUUAUGGAGUUUGUGAUGCACCAGUUUCUAUUUUUGUAAAACAAUCGUUAUGUUUAAUCUGUUUCUGAAAUCAUUUUGCAAUAUAUGGAAAUAGAGCAGUUUGUGUUUCUAAAUUGUGACCCUCAGUGAGACUGCUUUGAGAAAUUGGAGUUCUUGUGUUUGGAGGCAGCCAGAGGUUGAAGGCCCAUUCACUGCAUAGCACUGGACAUGCUGCACACCUUCUAGGCACUCAUGUGCUGAAUAACUAGAUUUUUAAAUGUGGGAAACCAGAGGGCUAAAAGUUCUCUCUCUUUUUUUUUUUUCCAAACUGAAAAGCCUGCAUAAUUCUGCAGAUGUCCUGGAGUUUGAUUCAGUAACUUGUGGAUGGAAGAUUCACUGGUAGCUCACUAUGUGGUUGCAGUACUAAUCUUACAUUGCUGUUCAGUUGUGGAAGCAUCUGAGCUAUAUAGGUCUCCCUGUAGGAAAUGUGAAAGGAAAGCACAAUAGAACUAGGGCUUGGGGUUUUUGUUCUUGUUUUUGUUUUGGUUGAUUUUACUAUCAGAUGGAUUUUUAUUUGUUUCAAAGCAACAUAAACAUGUAGUCAAUAAGCAUAUUUGAAAAGGACCAUUAAAUCAGAGAAAUUUGGAUGGAAACGUGCUGUACACAGGAGUUGAGCAAAUUCAGGAACCAAGGGGAAAUGUCCUGAGAUAACACUUGCAUUGUCAACCUCUAUUGAUUGUUUUUACAAUAAAAAUAUUUUGCAGCUUA